GAGAGAGAGAGAUGGUUAGGAAGCCGACAUCUUUAACCUGAAGAAUUUGCUAGAAUCCUCCAGCUUUCUUUCGUCAAACAUUUCCGACUAUAAAAAUUAAAACCCAAAUACGAAAUCGGCGUGCAAUUUGGAGAUUAGAGAAUGCCAACAUGAACCAUACGGAUAUGGAAAUGAUGGAGGUGGAGACGACGGCGGCUGGGCGGCCGGAGCUGCCGUCCAGCACCGGCCAAGGUGACGUCGCCAGGGACUUGCUCACAUUGUCUCGCCAGCUCCUCAAUCAAGGCAAGCCCUCCCAGGCCCUCCAAGCGGUUGUUAUGGCAAUGAGAACAAGAGGUGGGGACGAGGCUGUAUUUCAGUCCUUGCAUCGUGCUCGUGAGCUGUACAAAAGUAGAUUGCAAGAAAGCUCUGCUGCUGAUCAACUAGCUUCUUUGUUUGCCGAGUGUGCAAUUGCCGAAGCUCAUCCUUCGAAGACUGAACCAGAAGCAGCAUGUAACAUGGGUGGUCCAUCGGUUGGUCUUGGACCCGAUGGUCAAGGAAGUUCCAUACUGGCGGAAACUGGCAGGAUGCAGAUUGUUUUGGAUGCAUUUUCAGAUGGGAGUAGCUUCAUUUGUUUACAAUGCGGAGGUCUUGUUAGCAAUCACCGCAAAGACGAGCACUACGCAUACUGGUGCUGCCAAACUUGACGUGCACGCUCCUAGAAUGGAUACAAGCCCACUUCUGCAAGCUAGUCUCAACGCGUGUGAUUCUGUACUAUUAUUCAACUUCUGUGAGUCUCCAGAGUAGCUACUACUGGUUCCAGCUCCUCUCAAAUGGUCAGCAUUGUCAGAUAUAGACUAGCAGCAAGUCGAAUAUAUGAAUAUUUUGGUUAAGGAUGUCGAGAUUGUGUAUCGGUUGGUUUGGAGUACAUCGAUAAAAUGCAUUCCCUUGUAUGGUUAAUACAGAAUCUUGUAAUACCUGUAUUUUGGUCCCAUCAACUCUAUGCUGAUCUUAUCUGGUGA